AUGUCCGGGAAGCCUAUCAAAGAUGUCUCGUCAUUGAGCAACAGCUACCAGAUGCUGGAGGACGGGGUAGACCAGGUUUGUCUCGAUACUCGAGAUCUGAACAUCUCGAAGACCAAGAUUGACGGCAAAGAUCAAAAGUUUCUCCUGGAUGCUCCAAACGAAGCCUUUGGUUCGUGCUUGAAGAUUCGAGUUCCUCAAGAGCUGCAGCAGAACGGGAAACGAUUCAAGGCUGAGGUUCAUUACUCGACAAGCCAGUCCAGCACUGCAUGUCAGGCAAGUAACAGUCAUGUUUCCUCGGCCUUACGUUGCAAGAAGAAGCCAUAUCUCUUCACCCAGUGUCAGGCGAUCCACGCUCGAUCUCUCCUUCCAUGCCAGGAUUGUCCUUCUGCUAAAUGUACCUGGUCGGGUGCGCAGCCGCAAGUUUUGCUCAUGUCGUUUUUCUCACCUGUCAUUCGUUUCUCAGCUGUGAUGUCUGCUCCUUCUUGGGCGACAGUCUUGAUGUCAGCGAUCUUGGAAAAUAAGUCGGAGCAGGCACAAAAACGAGUCUUCACAUGGCGACAGUCAGUUCCGACAUGUUCGUAUCUCAUAGCCAUUGCGGUUGGAGAUCUUGAGUCGCGAGAGAUCAGCAGCCGCUGCCGGGUGUGGUCGGAGCCUUCCAUGGUGGACAAGGUUGCGAACGAAUUUGCCGAGACGGAGAAAUUUCUGACGACUGCGGAGUCGAUCACGUGCGAGUACCAGUGGGGAAGAUACGACCUGCUCUGCCUUCCUCCUUCUUUCCCAUACGGAGGGAUGGAGAAUCCGUGCCUGACGUUUGUCACCCCAACGUUGCUAGCCGGGGACCGCAGUCUCGCAGAUGUUGUCGCGCAUGAGAUCGCGCACAGGCACUUGCGCUGGACGGGGAACCUGGUGACCAACGCGACUUGGGAGCACUUCUGGCUCAACGAAGGGUGGACUGUCUGGCUGGAAAGAAGAAUCAUGAUGAGGGUGCGAGGGUCCAAGGCAGGACCUAAAGGUCAAGCUCGAGAGCUGAAGUACAAGAAUGUGCUGAGAGAAGGGCAGGAGAUCCCAAGUACUUUGACUUCCUCGCUGAUCUUGGAUGGAAGCACCUGGCUGGAGACGUCGAGCACUUCCAAGGUCCUCCAGUCUUACAUGACUAGGGAGGUGACGACAGAAACAGAGAUCGGUCAGUCCAGAUUCACCAAGCUCGUGCCGGACCUGCAGGGGAUCGACCCUGAUGACGCCUUCUCCUCCGUACCCUACGAGAAGGGGUUUAACCUGCUCUACUCGGUGCAGCAGAAGGUCGGCGACGAGGAGUUCGAGAAAUUCGUCAAGGAUUACAUCAACACCUGGAAGUCCAAACUCAUCACUUCGUUGCAGUUCAAAGACUUUGUCAUGAAUUAUUCUGCUCAUUUCAAGAAGAAGCUUCAAGACUUUGACUGGGAUCGUUGGUUCUACGCCGAGGGCAUGCCAGCUGACAAGCCCAAGUUUGACACGACCCUGUCAAAGCUCGCGAAUGACUUCGCGCACCGGUGGACGACAGCUGGGGCAGGAGCGGAUCUGAUACGCCUGAAGUCUGUCGGUCAGUACAUGCUGGAUCAGAUCCUGGAGAACUCAGAGAAGCAAAAGAUGCCAAUUGCAGUGCUGCAGGACAUGGACGCUGUCUACGAGAUCUCUAUCACUAACAACGCUGAGGUUCGCUUCCGUUGGUGCACGCUCUGUCUUCGUUCCGGCGCGGACUUCAUCGUCCAGAAUGCCGUGAGCAUGGGGAGGAUGAAGUUCACCCGCCCUCUCUACCGCGAGCUCCAGAGGAGGAAGAACGUGAAUUUCUAUCAUCCCAUAUGCCGCAAGAUGGUGGCGCAGGACCUCAAGGUCAAGCAGAACAACAAGCAGGGCUGGUCCUGGCUGGGUGUCUCAGCCGUUACGAUCUCUGCCUAUCUUGUCUGGGCUGUCUGGAGGAUUCGCUCUCGCAAGUGCCCCAUCCCCUUCGUCCACUGA